CUGGGUGACGUGGGCACCCGCGGAAAACAUGCUGCGCCAGAUCCUCAGCCAGGCCAGGAAGCAGCCGAGUUUGAUCCCUCUCUUCGUGUUGACUGGAGCUGGAGGGAAUGGAGCGGCACCAUAUGCCACGCGUCUGCCACUGCUUAAUCCCGAUGUCCGCUGGGACGGAAAGAACCACCCAGAACCAGGGAAUAAACUUGGUCCCCAUGCACAAUCUAAGUUCUUCGCUGUGAACACGGAUCACAGCGCACUGAAGAAAGAAGGCCCUGACUUCUCAAUGAAAUGUUUUCCCUCAAGCUGCUCAGAAGGAGGGUCUUCCAGUUAUCCACACAAGUUUCCAUGGAAACAGUACAUCCUUCGCUCCUAAGUGCACGAAAUCAUGUUGCUGUGCUGUGUUGGGGUUUACACUGAAUA